AAAACUAGCGGACCAAUGGAGACUCAUUGUCUAGGCCUCCCUCUAAACCACGCCCUUCAGGGAAAAAUAAUGCCAAAACUCGCAAUCGAAAAGACUGGCAGUGAAAGCAAAGAAACAGACAUCGAAAGCAAAUAUACGAGUAGCGUAACCAAAAGAUUACACAGCUUCUAUCAGUUGCACCUUACUGGCGGCACAAUUUCAGCUUCUGAGGGACAACUACGACGCCGUCCUCACAGCCAAGAACCAGAUCUGGAUCCAAAAUUAUGCUUUGACUUCAACUCAAGCUGAGCUACAGAAAAUUAACAGCUAUGAAGGCUGUGGUUAAGGACCAACUGGAGAGAGACUACAUGUAACUUGUCGCGUCCAAGUACCAGUCAGAGAGGCAACACAGAGACCUUGCUGCUUCUCAUAACCAAUUAGAAAGAGAGUAUGAAGGCCUACUGACAUCAAACAACAAAUUGCAAAACAACUAUAGACCUGACAGCAUCUAAAAACAACUACAGAGAGAGAUAAAAGAUCUCACAUGAACCAGGGAACGGUCACAGAGACAACACCUGAACAUCAGUGCAGCUUAACGCCUCGAUCACACCAACGCGUCAUUGCAUUUUGGUACACCAGAAGUACAUUCAUUUCCAAUGGAAUGCUGUGUUUGCCUUCCAGCAUUGUAGAGGCAGUUGUAGUGCGUUUUGUGGGGUGCAUACGGUGGAUUUAUACAAUACAUGCAUCAAACUGUAUGCCUAGACGGUUCGACAGAAAUGGUAGCAGAAGGUAAAUGUUGAACUUUUGUUGCAAACAUAUCCAGAUGAUGCUGCGUACCAUUUUGCACAAACGCACUGUUGGUGUGAUCAAAGCGUUAUGACCAGUUGAGGUGAGAGCAUGUGAGGGUCGCAGAGACUAAAAACUAACUUCAGUUAGAUCUCAUAAGUUUCUCUGAAACUGAGGCGAUUUUGAACAGAGACUUUGUUGUCACGGUGAGGGAUAGGGAUCCCCUUCAGAAGAUGCCUACAGAGCUGGUCAACUUCCUGCCUGUGGACCGACACUGUCCACUCAGAGACCAGCUCACCCAAGGUGUUACUACUUCUCCACUGAGAGGAGGAACUGAAGCAGCGGUCGGGUCAACUGUGUUCAACAGGGCGGAAACCUGGUGGUCAUUAGUCCAGAGGAACGGGUGAGAGACAUUGUAUUGGAGAUGCGCAGAGGUAGAAAGAGUGCUGUGAGUGUGAGGGGAGAGAGUGUGUGCCUCCACCCUCAGAGACCAACCCUUCUCGGAGCUGGAGAGAAGAGACCUGCAGCAUCAUGUCUGGGUGGAUCUGUGAGAGCUCAUACGAAACGUCUGGCCAAGGUGCAUUGGGAAAGGAUAGCCAGCUAGCUUGUUAACAAUGGCAACCAUGCGUCGUCCAAGGUACUCUCUCCGAGACUCUCUGUAUUGGGAUGAGACUGAGUGCCUGACGUACUAUGGGAUGCUCUCUCUACACGAGAUGUUUGAAGUUGUCGGUUCUCAACUGACUGAAACAGACGUUGAGGUGCUGUCGUUCCUCUUGGAUGAGACCUAUCCGGCUGGAGGGCACCCCUUGGACCCAGCUGGCUGGACCAGCGAGCCCGGUGAGGAAGACCCUGAGGCCAGUAAAGGAGUCUCCCCCAGCCCAGUGCUCCUGGAGGCCUGGCGGCGGUUACAGCCCAAGGUUCCUGCCUUGGCCUGCCCUACCGCUGCUCGCCACAAGCCCAAGAGUGGGCUAGAACUGCUGCUGGAGCUGGAGAGACGUGGGUACCUCAGUGAGGGUAACCUGGAGCCCCUGUUGCAGCUGCUGCGAGUCCUGACACGACACGACCUCCUGCCUUUGGUGUCCCGCAAGAAAAGGAGGACAGUAUCACCAGAACGUUUCAGAGUGGACCAUGGGACAGAGGACAAAAGACAGGUGUGCACAUCUGGACUGACUGACCCCUGUGCACAGACAGAAUCACAUGACGAACAUGCCACCCAGCAAUGGAGGGGGGGUGUUGACUCUGCCAGGCCAACGCCUGCCCCCCUACGGAAGAAGAGGGGUAAAGGCCGCCGUUGGACCAGCAAGCCCACCUCCCACAGGAGAAGAACGGGAAUCCCUGAAACUCCUCCCCCACCUAUACCUGAGAAAGUGACCUGCGACAUUCGUCUGCGUGUGCGAGCAGAAUACUGGGAGCAUGAGUCGGCUCUGCGCGGCGGCGUCUCCUCGGACAAGCAGCAGCCCCUGGAGCGGCAGUUUGAGCUGUUCAGUCGUGCCACCUCCGUGCUGCGCGCCCGCGACCUGGGCUCCAUCAUCUGCGACAUCAAGUUCUCUGAGCUGGACAACCUGGAGGCCUUCUGGGGGGACUAUCUGAGUGGAGCGCUGCUAGAGGCCCUGAAGGGGGUGUUCAUCACAGACUCUCUGCGGAGGGCGGCGGGGAGAGAGGGGGUCCGGCUGCUGAUCAGUGUGGACCAGGAUGACUACGAGGAGGGUCGCAGACUGCUGCUGGAUGCACAGGAACAACAGGCCGGCUGCUGGGGACGAGACAGACCCAACCUGAGAAAGCUGGUUAUGGACGUUCGGCUCUGACAGACAGACAGGCAGCUGUGCGAGGUCAUGAGCCCAAGGAUAGAGGAAUGAAAAGGAGAAUAAAAUAUGAAGAGGAACAUUUUUUAUUUUUUCUCUCCUUUUUAAGUUUCUCAUGCUGAGAAUAGAGGAUACAGCCACUCCUAGGUCAGGGGAAUGAAUAGUCCCCAGGGAAAACAGCCAAACUUGAAGUGAAGGCAAACUGGACUAAAAGACUUGACACACUGUUCUGUUUGGAAUUGAUAACACAAGUUGCACUGAGCCUAGAUGCCCUCACGGCACUGAGGAAGAGACUGCCUCUGAGACACACACACACACACACACACACACAGAGAAACUAAACUUCCGCUGUAACACACACAAACUACCACUGUAUCUAACAUACACGCUCUGUAAAAUCAUCUACACGAUGAACCAUCAGCGCUGCCUGUAAGACUCAUUAAAGCCAAGAGACAUUUCUUGCUAACAGUGACAGCCACCAACUAGACUCUGCGCUAAUGCUGAGCAUCUCUGGUUAUGUUUGAGGAGCGUGUGAGAUGCCCUGCAAGGCGAACUUCACCCGCCUAAAUAUUAGUUUGCGUUUCCAUUGAAAUGUAUGAUUUUGAAAAGAUGAGCGAGACUGCAGCUCUCAGACACAGAGGGAGAGAUGAUGGGGAAAUUACUAAAGAUUAUGUUUUGACCUUUUGGGAGAGAAUUUGAAAUAGAUGGCGAAGUGAAGACUACCUGAGGACAGUGUAGUGGACAAAUCGCUGGUCCUUCGAGAACUCGUCCACACACACACAUCAUGAUCACAAGCCACUGGUAGUCCAAUCACUGCCAUGCUAACCCAGGGCCUGAUAGCUGUGGUCAGUGGCCAUCUCAUCUCAGAUGAUUGGAGUGAUUACCUCUCAUCCUCAGCCAACCAUGGAGAACUCAUCACCACAAGUUGUUGAACAGCAGCUGGGAUAACACACUGGGCUGUGCUCACCCCGGCUUCCAGCAAGGCAAGGCCACUGCCUUUCCCAUUGGAACUGAAGCACAAGACAGUGCUUCAGUCAAUAAAACUGAUGUGGAGGAGAUCAAAAUCAGAAGGAUACAUCCUAGUUCCACUCAGCCCUGACUUGUAGGCCCCACUAGUGGCUCACAGAGCGCUGUCUGUCUCUAGUCUAGUCACCCUGGUGGAACUAAUGCCUGAACUCCUCUGAGUGGGAUCAAUAACCCCCUCUGUCACUCCACCACCACCAUGGGAGGAGAAGGAGUAAGGGGGAAAAGGGGAGAGGUAGGAGAAGGGGAAAGAGAGGAAGAGGGAGAAGGAUCCCCACUUCCAUCCCGCCUUUCAGCUCCUGGACAGCCGCCUCAUCCUCUGGAGGAUAAGUACCCUGAUACAACCAGGCUGCCUGGUCUGCUACAGCACUGUGUCUGGUUCACACAGCCCUAUGGGACCAGAGAUGGAGGACUAGGGAGGCACUCAGGAAAACCUUAGUAGUGUUUUGCUUUUUCCGUGUUUUGGUAUAUGGAUUCGUUAGUGUAGCUUUGUAUUGUCCAUAAGAGAAAAUAUAAAAAAUACUGUGUGUUCUAGUUCAUUAAUUUAGGGUGAACUUUUGUUUAAGUAUCUGGAUAUUUUUAUUUAGGCACUGCAAAAGUGCUGUAUAUUAGUUUAAUAUAUUAGUGGAAAGUUGGAAUUAUUUCAAAUAAAAUAAAUGAUUUAUCAAAAGUU